AUGAAACCUUCUUCCGGAAGUAAUCCCGUUGCUACACCGAACCAACGCCGAAAGGGAUACAACUGCUAUGCGUGCUCGGAGCCUGAUUCCAUUUGCGAUCUCGUCCAGUGUGAUCGCUGCAAGCGCUGGUGGCAUCAAUCGUGUGCGGGAGUUACUCCGUCGGUGGAAAAUCGGCCAUGGUCUUGCCGACUAUGCUCACCAGUACCCAGCCAGCCAACAAUUCGUGCUAAAUCAACUACUUCCGAGAAAAGCUCCCGGGCUCGCAAACGUGAUCUUCAGCUGCAGCAGCUUGAUGAAAAGCGCGCAUUGGAUCGUAAAGCGAGGGAGGUGACAUUGAGAGCCACGUUGGAAGAAAUAGAGGCCGAGAAACAGCAUGUCUCGGAGAGAUUCUCCGUUAUGCAGGCGGAGGAUUCUUCCAGCGAAGAAGAAGAAGAAGGUGAUCGAUCGAUUUUGAACACUACAAUCGAGCGGUCUUAUAGAACUCAAGAUUGGGUACAAUCAUCGCCCACCAUCAACGAAGUGAAUCAGCAGCAGGCAACGAAUAGCAGCGCGAUUCAAACCGAAUCCAACCAACAAGAAUUGCCACCGACCCCCCAGCGGAUUACCGGUGCCUUUCCAAAGCGGCGCAGUAUGGUCCAGCAUCCGGAUCUGGGUCCUUCCAGAAUGAACUGGCCGAAUUGGGAUUCCCUUUCCGUGGUAGGAAUGCAUCAAUGGGAAUCGUUAUUACUGCGAAAGAACAUCUUUCACGUGCAAGAUCCGAAAGCAGGGCCGCUAGAUCGUAACGCGGUUUAUGGGUCGCCGGUUAUUGAUCGUACGGUCCAGGAUUCCACCAGUACAGCGAAGGAUAAAUCAGAGGUCCAACUAUACCAGUCGGGACCAUCAGCUCCAGCGUUGGCACCUCCGACCAGUUCUGGUUAUUGUCUUCCAGUACCGGAAAUUACUUCACGCUCGGUGCUCAGUGCGCCGAAUCAGGAGACAUCGAAUAGGAAUGUCGAACCGGCAUUCCUUAGGCCUUCAUCAAAACCAACGGUACCCAACCCAAAUUGGGCGCAGCCUAUUCCGGCGAUGGCUCAACGGCAGCAGGUCGGUCCGAGGGACAAGCAAAUAUUGGAGGAGCAGCGUUCAUCGAAAGCGGGUCAACCGCCCUACCAGCAGUGGCCGGAGCGAUCGACGAUGAUACCGUCGGUGGUCCAGCCUUCAACGUCGGGUCAACCGGUGCCAUCUUCAAGGGCUUCCAACCAGCAACGGCUCGCAUCAACACAGCCACCGGUAACCACUCCUCCCCCCCUCCAUCAAGCUCAAGGUAAGGCCGAACCAUUUUAUUCUUCUUUCGAACAAUACAUGCCGCUCAAUAUUGCCCAUAAUCACAACCAUACUGCCCAUAAAACCACCAAUGAACAUAAUUCAAACCAUACUGCCUUCAAUACCAAUAAUACUUACGAUUAUCGAAACGAUAAUAAUCAUAAUGCAAAUAAUUAUUCUGCUAAUGAUUCGAGCCAUGAUAGAAAUCAUAACAUAGACCACCUCGCACCCCUUAUAAAACAACUCGGCUUAGGCCCGAAUGAAUUUCCGGAUUUUACCCAUUUUCUGAAUACUUUUCAACCAACCCCCUCUCAACUACUAGCCCGUCAAGUUUUCCCAAGGGACCUCCCAACCUUUGACGGUAAUGCCAACGAUUGGCCAGUUUUUGUCAGCAGCUUUACAAACUCUACGCUAGCUUGCGGCUAUAGUCCGGUUGAGAAUCUCGGUAGACUUCAACGCUGCCUGAAAGGUCAUGCCUUAGAAUCAGUCCGUAGCCGACUUCACACCCCAGAAUCGGUUCCUUUCAUUAUGCAAACCCUACGUUUUCUUUAUGGGCGUCCAGAGCUUCUUAUCAAUGCCCUACUGGAUAAAGUUCGUUCCGUCCCCGCACCGAAAGCGGAUAAGCUUGCGACUUUCAUAGAUUUCGGGAUUGCAGUACAAAGUCUUUGUGGUCAUUUGGAUGCCGCCAAUCAACAAGACCAUCUGUCAAAUCCGAGUCUGCUGAACGAGUUAGUGAACCGACUGCCUCCAGACUAUCAGUUCAAGUGGGUGGAGUUUAGUGAAUUCGAAGAAAGAGUGGAUCUGAAACUGUUUUCAACGUUUGUGACGAAAGUGGCGAAGUCUGCGAGCCGUGUCUCCGUCUACAACGGAGCUGUGAAAAGGGAGGACAAGCUGAAACCGAAGCGUGGAUCCUUGAAUGUGCACUCGGAGUGUGAGGAACGGAACCAGGUGCCUACCGAAAAACUCUGUCCAGCCUGUUUUCGAAAUCAACAUUCACUGAAAGAUUGUAACAGGUUUUCAGCUAUCAGUGUCGACGAGCGGUGGAACCUUGUGCAGCGAUAUGGAGCGUGCCGCAAUUGCCUGAACUUCCACGGGAAGCGGUCCUGUCGUAUCAGCGGUAGGUGUGGAGUCAACGGCUGUACACAUCGUCACCAUCAGCUCCUACAUUCCGGCCGUUCGAAAAACCUGACAUCAAACCCACGAGAACCUGGUUCAGGAAGCGGACAUCAGAACAAGCCAACGACGAGGAAUUCUGCUAACACCGUAGUGCCAAUUUCACAGCCAUCUACUUCUCAUACACCAACCCAUGGAAACAACUAUGCCCACCAUAGUCCGGAACUUACUUUCUUGUUCCGAAUUCUUCCGAUUACGGUUCAUGGGAACGGCAAGUCAGUGGAGACCUUUGCCUUUGUUGAUGAAGGGUCGUCACUCACUAUGGUCGAAGACUCGCUCGUUGAAGAGCUAGGAAUACAAGGAACACCACAGGUUUUGUGCCUCCAGUGGACCGGCGAUAUGAUGCGUACAGAGCAGGAGUCCAAGAUUGUCGACAUCAAGAUUUCUGGUCCGAGUAAAAACAAGAUGCGUUUAAGCGACGCGCGUACGGUGAGCAACCUUGCACUCUCCACUCAAUCUCUGGAUUACGAAGGUCUGGUUAGAAACUAUCCACACUUGAAAGGGCUUCCAGUUGCCAGUUACAAAGAUGCCGUGCCAAGGAUCCUCAUUGGCGUCAAUAACUUACACAUGACAGUUCCGCUUCGGAUCAAACAAGGUCGCACGAACGAGCCGGUGGCAGCGAAGACGAAGCUGGGUUGGUGCAUUUAUGGUGGUCGGUCCUCAGAGCACACAGCAGUCCAGGUGAACUAUCACGCGUGUAGCUGUUCACAAGACGAUUCACUGCACAAAGUAGUGAGAGAAUACUUCGAGAUGGAAGACAUGGGGAUUCAUGCUACUACGAGACUCGAGUCAGAAGCUGAUAUGAGAGCGCGCAGGAUUCUGAAGGAAUCGACACAGAAGCAAGGAGACCGAUACGAGACGGGUCUGCUGUGGAAGUACGAUCAAUUUGAAUUUCCCGACAGUUAUCCGAUGGCCUUUAAACGAUACGAGUGCCUGGAGAAGAAGAUGGCUCGGAAUCCGGAACUGCGUCUAAAUUUGACGAAGCAAAUGGAGAGCUACCAAGCCAAAGGGUAUGCACAUCAAAUAACCGAAGAUGAGAAAAUGAACUCCGAUCCAAGACGUGUCUGGUACUUACCACUAGGCGUUGUGGUGAAUCCGAAGAAGCCCGGGAAAGUGCGGAUGAUUUGGGAUGCAUCAGCGACAGUCGACGGCAUCUCACUAAACACUAUGCUGCUCAAAGGUCCAGACGAGUUAGCCCCUCUUCCCUGGGUGCUUUUCCGGUUCCGACAGUACGAGUUUGCAGUUACCGGAGACAUUGCUGAAAUGUUUCACCAGAUCCGUAUCAACGAGCGUGACAGACAAGCGCAGCGGUUUCUUUGGAGGCCGGAUGGAAGCAGUAAACCUGAAACCUACGUAAUGGACGUCGCUACGUUCGGUUCAGCGUGUUCACCAGCGUCAGCCCAGUACGUGAAAAACAGGAACGCCCAGGAAUUCAAACAAACAAGCCCUCGCGCGGUCGAAGGAAUUAUAAACGGCCAUUAUGUUGACGACUACGCCGAAAGUUUCAGCACCGUAGCCGAGGCAAUACAGAUAGCGACUGAGAUCAAAUCGAUACACGCAGCAGGUGGUUUCAACAUACGGGACUGGAGAUCAAACAGUGAGAAAGUUGUAAAAGCUCUUGAUGGAAACGUUUCUUCCGAACCCAAAUCCCUGAAGCUGGAGACAACUUUGACUGCCGAAAGAGUGCUCGGAAUGCACUGGCUGCCGCAUGACGACGUCUUGGGCUAUUCUACCGCUUUGGCCCCGGAACUGCAGGAGAUAGUGUCGUCUAAACGUAAACCUACGAAGCGCGAGGCACUUCGCUGUCUUAUGACGUUUUUCGACCCCUUAGGGUUGCUCGCAGCAUUUGUGUUGCAUGGAAAGGUCUUACUCCAGGAUAUUUGGCGCGCUGGUACGCAAUGGGACGAAGUCGUGGGAGACGAAGAGCACGAGAAAUGGCUACGCUGGAUCGAAGGUUUUCCGCUUAUCGAUAGCUUGCAGAUUCCACGAUGUUACUUCGACAGUGUUGACUACGAUGAUAUACAACUCCACAUUUUCGUGGAUGCUAGCGAGGACGCCUGCGCUGCUGUGGGAUACUUCCGUGUUCCAAAGAUAACCGGGGGGUACGCGUGUGCACUGGUUGCAGCAAAAACGAAGGUCGCACCUUUGAAGCAUUGGUCCAUCCCACGCCUGGAACUUCAAGCGGCUGUAAUGGGAACCCGUCUAAGAAAAUUCAUCGAAGAAGGCCAUACAUUCGAAAUCAAGCGAUGUGUUCUCUGGUCCGACUCAAGCACUGUGCUGGCAUGGAUCCGGUCCGAUCAUCGGAGAUACACCCAGUUCGUAGCCUGCAGAGUAGGGGAAAUCCUUUCAAACACUAACAUCGCAGAGUGGCGAUGGGUCCCAUCAAAACAGAACGUCGCCGACCUCGCUACCAAAUGGGGACAAGGCCCGCCUUUGACUGCAGAAAACGCUUGGUUUCGUGGUCCGGAUUUCCUGCAAGAAGACGAAGACGAAUGGCCACAACAGAGGAAGCCAACUAGCACCGAGGAGGAGUUGAAGACGUCACGCCAAAUUUCCUGUCUCCAUUCUGGGUUUGUAGCUCCAGUAGCGAUCAUCGACACCAGUAGAUUCAGCAAGUGGGAGCGAAUACUGCGAACUGUGGCAUAUGUACAUCGCUACGUAAAUCGUCGAUUUAAGAUGUAUCCCGUCGAAGCAGAAAGCAGUUACCUGAGCCAGGAGGAGUUGUUAGCAGCUGAAAACACACUGUUCUGGAUAGCGCAGCAACAAUCGUACCCGGUGGAGGCAUCUAUCCUUCGACGGAAUCUUCACCAGAAAUCGAACGGUCAGGAUCGUCUCCCAAAGCAUAGCGAACUACACCACAUUUCACCAUACUUCGACGAAAACUUUGUCCUCAGAGUGGAUAGCCGAGUUGGAGCAGCAAAAAACGUCGCCAUGACAGUGAGGUAUCCUGUCAUUCUUCCUCCGACCCACAGAAUUACUGAGCUGAUCAUCGACUUCUAUCAUCGAAAGUUCCUGCAUGCCAACUUUGAAACUGUGGUGAACGAGCUUCGCCAGUCCUUCCACAUUUCGAAGAUUAGAACAACGGUCAAGAAAAUAAUCCGCCAGUGUCAACAUUGUAAGGUAUACAGGUGCAAACCACAGGUACCUAGGAUGGGUCCUCUGCCCGCAGCACGGCUAGCAUCGUUCGAACGUCCAUUCAGCUACGUCGGUUUAGACCUGUUUGGUCCAAUCCUGGUUAAGAGAGGCAGAAGUUCGGUUAAACGCUGGGUGGCUCUAUUUACCUGCUUAACCAUAAGAGCAGUUCACGUCGAAGUAGUCCACAGCCUCACAACAGAAUCCUGCAUUAUGAGCAUUCGGCGCUUUAUUGUUCGACGAGGGGCACCACUGGAAAUCCAUUCGGAUAACGGAACCAACUUCCGUGGAGCCGGCAACAUUCUCGAACAACAAAUCGGCCAGUUUCAGGACGACUUAGCAGCAACCUUCACCAACACUCACACCAAGUGGGUCUUCAUACCUCCAGGAACGCCUCACAUGGGUGGGAGCUGGGAGCGUAUGGUACGCUCAGUGAAAACGGCCAUGGAAAAAAGCUUGUGCGCGGGACGGAAGCUCGACGACGAAGGCCUCAAUACAUUUGUGGUAGAAGCUGAAGGAGUCGUCAACUCCCGACCUCUGACAUAUUUACCAUUGGAUAGCGAGGAAGCUGAAUCCCUGACGCCCAACCACUUUUUGCUAGGCAGUUCGAACGGCGUAAAGCAACCGAGCAAGCAAUUUGUGGAUGGAGCUGUAGCCCUGAAGAGCAUCUGGAACCAGAUAGAGUGCCAGCUGGACAUGUUUUGGCGUCGUUGGGUCCGGGAAUAUCUACCCACUUUGACUCGUCGCACGAAGUGGUUCAACGAAGUUCAGGAGAUCGGCGUGGGGAACUUGGUUGUAAUUGUGAACGAAGCUAAGAGAAAUGGGUGGGUGCGAGGUAGGGUUCUGGAAGUAUUCCCCGGGGUAGACGGGAGAGUUCGCCAUGCAGUAGUGCAAACAAAUAGAGGGUUGUCAAGGCAAUCGGUCAGUAGACUGGCAGUGUUGGAUGUUGAGCUUAUGGGUGACACGGAUCCAAAGGCAGUCAUCGGCCAGCGUCACGAGGGGGAGGAUGUUGACAUCGGCAACACUGCAAGCGUCGCUUUCGACGCGCCGCUUUCGACGCGCCGCUGUGAAAUGCAGUUCAGUGGCGAGCGGAUCAACUGA